CGCGUGAGGCUGCCAGGCUGCCGGGCAGGAUGGCUCUGGGCACCGAGCCGGCACUUCUCCGAGCCCAGGCCCGGGCCCGGCAGCCGCCGGCCAGCUACGAGGAGGAGCCUUACGACUGCCUCGACUACUACUACCUGCGCGAUUUCCCGGCCCGCGGGGCCGGACGCAGCAAGGGCCGGACGCGGCGAGAGCAGCAGCUGCGCAGCAACCGGCUGCUGCCGGCCGGCCACGAGCGCAAGAUCACGCAGAAGCUCCUCAAUGGGCAGCGCCAGCGGCGCCAGCGGCAGCUGAAGCCUCGGCCGCGCACUCGCCUGGCCUGAGCGCCGGAUGCCCGAAGGACCUGCGCAGAGUAUUUUCUCCGACUCCCAACUGUAGCCGAGGCCCUAAGGGGGAGAGAAUCCAUGCUGGUGGACAGAACUCUUCAACGUCGCUUAAGUUUACUGCUUCACUGUCUUUCUCUUACUAGUUGAUUGUUAGGUAACAGCCAAGGGCGUAUGCCUUUUUAGGAUUUUCUAAUUAAAAGGGAACAGCAAGAAUGGCAUUUUAGCUCCUCCUGGUUUUUUUCCGCCCACCAGUUACUAUGUUAACUCAUUUCAAGGCCACAAAUACUUGGCUUCUUAGGCGUAGCGAUCACAGAGAAGAAUGGGGGAGAGGAACAGUAGGGAUUUAUUGAGGACUUCUGCUCAGGUGUUACAGACUAUUCGAAGGUGUGAUAUUAUAAUAGUGUAUAUUGGACAGUUGCUAGGUCCUCUGCGGGACUCAUCCUGCAACCCUUUGAGGUAGAUGCCUCUGUCCCCACUGUAGAGGAGGGAUUCAAAGGCACACAGAGUCCCAAGAAUUUUCCAGAGAUCACACAGGUAAUAGACCAGGUGAUCUGACCCGGGUUCUUGGGCGUUGUUCUGUUCUACAUUUUUUUACCACAGAAGUAAGUAUCGAUACCUAGGGGCUGGUGCCCGAAGCCGGUGCUUAGGGCACUUAGCUGGUUGGAGUGCCUGAUGCUCUGCUUCUGAUUUACCGUGCUGCUAACGCAGUCCUGGGAAGCAGCAGCUGAUGCUGUAACUACUUGGGCCUCUGCCACCCACAUGGGAGACUGUGGGAGACCAAGAUGAAGUUCCUGGCUCCUUAGCUUUAGCUUAGUGUAGCCCUGGCUGUUGCAGCAGUUGGAAGGUUAAUCAAGAGAUGAGAGAUCUCUCUCACCCCUUUCUUGCCUGUUUCUCCCUCUCUGUCACUGGGUUUUUCACAUAAAUACAUCUUUCAAAAAAUCUGUUUUGGGCCGGCACUGUGGCUCACUUGACUGGUCCUCCACCUGUGGUGCCGGCACCCCAGGUUCUAGUCCUGGUUGGGGCGCCGGGUACUAGUCCCGGUUGCUCCUCUCCCAGUCCAGCUCUCUGCUGUGGCCUGGGGGGGCAGUGGAGGAUGGCCCAAGUGCUUGGGUCCCUGCACCCGCAUGGGAGACCAGGAGGAAGCACCUGGCUCCUGCCUUCGGAUCGGCGCAGCGCCGGCUGUGGUGGCCAUUAGGGGAGUGAACCAACGGAAGGAAGACCUUUCUCUCUCUCACACUAUCUAUAACUCUCUGUCUCUCUCACUGUCUUAACUCUGCCUGGCCAAAAAAAAAAAAAAAGCUAUUUUGUACUUAAGUUUUAUCCACAAGUUUCCUGUGGGGACAUGUUCUGUGCAAACCACACUACAUUUUAUUUUUUAUUUUUGGAUUAUAUUAGAAGUACUGUCAAGAUGUGACGUGGUACCAAGUUUUAAGUUUCUAUAAUGGAAAAUGCUAUUAAUACAAAUGUUUGAGAAUUAAAAAGUCUAAUGAUCUUGUGUUACUAGACAUGAUAGUUAUCUUAAUGAGAAAGCCCCAGAGGCCUAAAGGGUUAAAUAAUUGUAAAAUCCUACAGGUGCUUUCAAAAAUACUGUGAAGUAAGCAAGUGCCUCUUGUUGGCUGAUGAGUUUAUAAUUUUAAACAUGGUGACUUAAAGUCUUUUGUCAUCCAUAGUUAUA